AUGCUUAUAGUUAUUGACAAACAUACAGCUGCAGUUGUGUGUUUAAGGAUUGAAAAUACAGCCAUUCACGUCGGCUUUAAUUCAGAUUUUUUCAACCAACAAAAAUCAUCAAUGUUGCCGUAUACGAAACAGUUUAUUAGUGUCACUAUAAUAUGUGUGGUGUUUCUCACCAUUCGCAUAAUGAAGAAUUGGGUUACAGAUAGUUUCAUUUAUACCACGGAUACUCUGAACACUUCUGUGCAAAUAAUUAAUAGAUCUGAGCUAAUGUUAGAUAUUUUGCCAGAAGUACCAAAGUUAGAGAAAGAACCUGAUGUGGUAAUCGUACAAGCAACCCCUGAACCUGAAACACCAAACAAGGAACCACUGCCUGAAAUACCUAAACGUAUUGCAGCAAGACUUGAAGCAGCGAACGAGUUUAGAAUGGCAAGAGAUAUACUCAGUGGUCCUCAAAUGAAACAGUUUAACCCUGGAGAGAUUCCUACAACAGCUCAUUAUGUUUGGUGCGGGGAUAAAUGUUUCAAAUUCAACAAUUACCUGGGAAUUCUAAGCAUUGUCAGAAUUUUAGAACCUUUGAGAAUAUUCUUUCACUAUAAUAUCUACCCUUCUGUAAAUUGUCCUUUUUAUCAAACUUGGUUCCAAGAAUUAAAACAGUCUUUGCCUUAUUUGGUUUUUAAAAAAAUAGACCGACCAAUCAACUGUAACACCAUGGACGCCGUGGACUUUGCUCUGGAACAAAUGGCAUCAAACAAAGUUGGGGGCGUCUAUGUAGGUGAGAGGGCCGUGUUGACACAUGUCCCUGAUACAUGGAAGACUGGGAACAACUUCGUUUACCAAAAAAUCGGCGGUUCUAAUAGUGAAGAGAUGAUUGUCUUCAUAAAACAAGGAAUACACAGUAAAAAUGAAUCGGACAUCAAACAGUUUAAAAAUAACGUCCUAAACCAAACAAACGAAUGCUACUCUCACGAUCAGUUUGAGAAGGCGGAUCAGAAUUUGAGGUUAUCAUACAAGAUAUCACCUUGUGUUUUUCUUACACGAUAUCUCAUCCCAGAGGAAGUCGUCAACAGCUUAACGUCAUUAAGCUCUUACCUGAGGUGGUUGUACUACGGGAGAACGGAUGGCUUGCAUGUCCAACAGAGUCAGGACCCGUCUGACUUGGUACCACUCAUCAACCACAUGAUCUACUUAAACCCAAAGCCUGGCAACCCGGUCAAGUGGAACUUUGAAUGUUACGUCAGCGUCCUCUCGGCUUUGUAUGUUGGUGGAUUUGAAAGGGUGUACGUACACGGUGACACAGAGCCUUCAGGUAAACUGUGGGACAAGUUAAAGACAGAAAACGUCACGUUUGUAUAUGUUGACCAGCCUUACUCCGUGUUUCAACAAGAUGUGGACGUCAUACAACACAAGUCAGAUAUCUAUAGAGUCAACAUUCUCUACAAAUAUGGCGGAGCCUACAGUGACAAUGACGUAAUUUGGGUGAAGCCGCUGUCUGAAGAACAAAGAAGGUACCCGACAACCGCCAGCUACGAGUUUACUCGGGUCGACAGUCCGCGGGUCAUUAACAACGGGCUGAUUGUGUCCAAACCUAAAGCGCCGUUCUUGGUCAAAGUCUUGGAAUCUUUCUGGUAUUUUAAAGAUGAGAAGUGGACAACCAAUUCAGUUUUCAUGUACUACAAGAUCUAUGAGAGAAACCCAGAAACCCUGAAUAUUGAUAACAGACUACAGGUGCUAUGUUGUUAUGGCAUAUGUCACCCUACCUGGCUACCUGACUACAGGCAAGACUGGGAUCAUCCAAAACCCACAACACGCAUCAAUGUGGAGGAGGCGAAUGCCUUUCACUUCUUUGAUCACAAAUCACCAGAAACCUUCACAUCAUUCUCAGCACUCAAAUCCCAUAACCACGUGGAGGCUCUACUGGUCAAGCGAGUGAUGGCCGCCAUAGAAAGGGCAGGCAGAACUCACCUGUUACACGAUGACUAAAAACUAAAUAACACAUUUUUUUUACCUAUAAACCAGUUAUUUCCGAUUAAUGGAAGU